UUUAUAGAUUUGCCUUGUAAAUGUUGCAAUGGCUGCUGCUUUCUCAUCAUCAGCUUCUAAAAAGAGAUCAAAGUCAAGCGAUGGCUGUAGAAAGAAAGCAGUUGAUCCUGGAGGUCUGUUCUGUUCACUCUUGAGCUGCUCUCGUCCUCCAUUUGGUGAGGAUGAUAACAGAGUAGAGGUAGUCUCACUUCCAUACCAGAGCAGGACAAUAAACUGGGGAGAGAAAGGUGAUGGGGUCUUUCAUAAAGAUUGCUGGGAAGAGAUACUUCGUAAUGCCAGACUGAGGAAUCCUAAAAGGGCCACGAUGAAGCUUGAGCCGUCUGAGAAGGCAAAGAUAAAAGAGGCAGCAAAGACUGUCGAGUACUUUGAUUCUGUGACUAGCCUCAAGCACAAAGCAAGCAUGAUAGUGCACCUCAUCAUGUUCUCAAAACACUGUGUAACCUUCACUGGAGCAGGAAUAUCUACAUCGGCUGGAAUAGGAGACUAUCGUGGCAAAAGAGGAAAAUGGACUAAAGAGGACAGGAAAGAGGAGGAGGAAGAGGAGGAAGGUGUGCCAUACGAACAGCUUCGUCCAACCUACACACACGAGUCUCUCGUAAAACUGAUGGAGCUAGGCCAUCUGAAAUACGUCAUCACUCAAAAUGGUGACGGUCUUCACAGCCUCUCUGGUAUCCCGCCCGAUAAACUAGCAGAACUUCAUGGGAACGUGUUUGAAGAAUUCUGUGAGUCGUGCGACACGAAAUACGCCCGACCCUACUACGUCCUUGACGAUGACUGCAGUCAAUACUACGAGGACAUUAAUGAUUGUGGAAAGAGCAGCAUAAAGAAGCCAACGUAUGGUUCGCAGUGUCCACAGUGCUCACUCUCUCACAGAACUGGACGCAAGUGUGUCAAGUGUCCGGGUCAACUUAAGGACAGCAUUAUCAAUUUUGGCGACGACUUGAGAGAAGACGUACUGACAGCUGCUACUAGAGAAGCAAGGAAAUGUGACCUCUUGCUUAGUUUAGGGAGUUCAAUGACUGUUACCCCGGCCUCUGACCUCAUAUCAAUGGGAAAGAAACCGUUGAGUGUCGUUAUUAUCAAUAGACAAAAGACGAGUUUUGAUGAUUUGUGUUCUUCUGGGUGUGGAGUGAGAGUUUUUGGUGAUACGGACGACGUGAUGAGACUUAUAAUGAAAGAACUACUAAAAGAUGAGGGGAGGAAGAAAUGGGAGGGUGGGAGAGACGAGAGAAUGAAAUUUUAUGAUCAGCAGAGAUCAGGGCCAGCUGCUGUUACAUAAAAUUUAAUAUUUAUUUUAC